UUGCAACCAAACACUUAAAUAUGUGAAGCCAGGAAAUUCGGACAAAGAAUCCGCAACAGUGGUUUUAGACAGCAAUGAUACUUUUAUCAAGCAAAAGAGAUUGAUGACCACUUUGCUAAAGUGAGAUUUUCGGGUCCAUAACCAAACAAGCAAGAAGGAUCAAGAUCACACUAAAGAAAGAAAGCCACCACCUUAACAAGCAGAAUCUUUAGAUAACAAGGGGCAACACUGGUUCCCAAGGCAGUGCGGGGAAAAUGAGUCAUUAUUCUGAUGCACAAGAUGUCGAGUUUUCAACUGCAGUUGCAGCAGCUGCAUUUGCUAUUCACUCCAAUGAAGAAGCUAGAUUACAGUAUCAAAAAGGGAUGAGGGAAAGCCUUCAGAUCUCAAGGACGAAGACUUUGCAGGAUGCCAUGGCGGGGCGGCCAAGUUCUGGUGAAGUGAAUAGGCGAUUAUCAAACAAAGAAGCAAAGAAUGCUGGUGAAGCUUCAAUGAGAAGGCCAGUGGGGCAGGAUCAAAGAACAUUGGAGAGUGCUUUUCCAUCUAGGUAUCCAAAUCGCGCAUCCUCUACAAGGCCUUCAACUCCUGCAGAUGGAUACCAAAACCGAAGGGGAAGUUCAACAGGACAUAAUACUCUGGAAACUGAAGCAGAUGCUUGGGAGAAAGCUCAGAUUAAGAAGAUCCAGAGGCGGUAUGAGAAAGUGAAAUCUGCAAUUCUUGCUUGGGAAAAUGAGAAGAAGAUGCAAGCAAAAAUUAAGAUGGAGAAGAGAAAGAGUGAAUUGGAGCAGAGAAGAGCAAGCAACAUGCAACAUUAUCAAAUCAAGCAGACAAGAAUUGACCAGAUAGCAGGAGGAGCAAGGGCACAAAUGGAAGAGAAAAGAAGAAAUGAAGAGUCCAAGGUGAGAGAAAAGGUUAAAAGGAUUAGAUCAAAAGGCAAAGUUCCUGUUAAAUGUUUCUGCUUCACUUGCUACUAGGAAGGGAAUCACUUGGACUUGAGAAACUUUGUCUUGGAGCAAUGAAGCUGCCAAUGGAUCUUCUGCUGAUUAAAUCUGUACAUUAACUAUAUUA